AUGGCUUUGCUCUCUCCUGAUCAGGUUUCAGCGCUUACGGCUGCAGAUGUCUCCUUCAAUCAGGUGCUGAAGGAAGGCGAGUUCUCCACCGUGUUCCAGGUCCUCAUUCGAGACCAGAAGUAUGUGAUGAAAGUGCUUGUCCUGGGAUGGACGCCUCCCAACCGCGAAACCAAUAUCUUCAUCUGCGAGAGCACUGCCUAUCGACGCCUAAAGGCUAAGAGACUAUAUGAGAAAGGUUUGGUUCCGGACUUUUAUGGGGAGAUGGAGAAUUUGGACCCGGAUUUGUGGAGGCCCCAUUUGGACAGCUUUCUUCGCGAUGAGCUUCGCCCCUGUGCGGUGGUUUUAGAAUACAUCCCGAAGCUACAGAAAAUGCAACUCUCCAAUUUCUCAGAAGCUAGGGCUGCUGAAUUUCGAGCAAUUUUUCUUGAGAUCCAACAAGCGCAUGUUUAUCAUGGCGACCCAUACCCAAGGAAUAUGAUGGUUUCAUAUGCCUCGAAACCGGAGAGGUGCCUUUGGAUAGACUUUGACCGCGCCCAAACGUAUUCGGAGGGUGAGCUGACACCCAGGCAAAAGGAGCUAAUGGGCGAAGAGAUCGCGCUUGUGGAUAAUUUCUUUGAAGAUGCGGUACGUUGA